AUGUUUCCUCGGCCGGGCGGUGGGAUGGCCGCGUGCGGGAGCGCUACCGCGCUCGGGCUGGACUCGCCGACGGCGCUGGAAGGCCGCCUGCUGCGCCGCGAGACGUUGCAGGUAGUUUGCAUGGCGGCCGCCAGCGACGGCCUGUUGUGGGUCGGGCUCGAGGCUGGAGGGGUGCUGUCCUUCGACCCCAUGCAGGACAUGCGGGACAGCCGGUACUGGCACGGGCAGGAGGUGAGCGUCAAUAUCAUAGAGCGUAUAGAGUACCCCAGGGACGCUGGACAAGGUUCGUGGCAGCAGUCGGCCGCGCAUGCUUGGGAUUUGCGGCGCUCGUGGGACUGGGCCGAUCGCACCGAGGCCUGGGCCGCGGCGGACUGGUAUUGUAGAGUGGAGCUCUGGUCGGGAUCAUGGCAGGGCGCGGAGGGUCCGGACUUCCAGGGGCAGGACCUCGGGUGCGACGGGCGCGACAUCUUUAGCGCGGGCAGGCUUCCCCUCGCGAAGCCCCAGUUGAAGUGGAGCACGAUGGUUCUUCGCUUUCUCAAUUUUGCGACUGUGCGCAGUCAGACGAACGGGGUCGCGGCGCUCUCGCCAGCCACGGCGGUAAAGUUCGCCGACCAGAUGAGCCCGCCAUCCCUGGGGCCGCGGAAGAGCGCGUCUACGUCCGAGCCCCACGUGAACCAGAUGAAGACGCUGCUGGGCCAGAUGCAUGCGAUGGCCGAGCAGCUGGCAGCCGCCCAGGAGAACCUCGUCACCUCCGCGCCCCUGUCUUCCCAGCAGUUGUUCUCGAUUCAACUGACCGACCCGACCAGGGCAUCGCGAGGAGUCGAGGCCUUCUUGGACCAGGUGAGCGAACACCUCGGCUGGGGCCGCGAAGUCCGCGCGGGCUCGGAGCUGUCCGACUUCUGA